AUGUCGGUGAAGAGACGCCUCCUGUUGCUGUCCAACUCGACAAUGUGUGGAACCGAUUACAUGCAAUGGUCGAGUCAAGUGAUCGCCGACUUCCUGCCCAAAGACAUCACUUCAUUACUGUUCAUACCGUUCGCCGCCGUGUCUUUCGAUUGGGAUCAAUACGAGACGAAAGUGAGUUCAGCUCUCAAGCAAUACACCGUCACUGCCAUCCAUAAGACACCCGAUUAUCUCAAGAGUGUCGAGACCUGCGAAGCCAUAGUCAUCGGCGGCGGCAAUUCGUUUCACUUGCUCUACAAAUUGCAAGAAUUCAAUCUCUUGGACGCCAUUCGGAAGCGAGUGCUGGUCGACGGCGUGCCGUACGUGGGCUGGUCUGCGGGCUCUAAUGUGGCCGCGCCUGACAUCGGCACCACCAACGAUAUGCCCAUCAUUUGGCCC